GGCGCACGGCCUCGCCUGCCGCUUGUGGUGGCACCCCGUCAGCUCCCUUGAGCCGGCCGAUGGUCACAGCUGCGCCCGGCGCGCCUCGCCCAACAGCACCGACCUCACGCCCAUCAGCAGCAGCGAGGCGCAGGCCAGAGCGCAGGCGAGAGCCGCCGCGAAGGCGGCGGCGGACGCGGCGGCGGCGGAGGAAGCGAUGCGGCAGCAGGAGGAAGCGGAUGCCGCGGCGCGGGCGAGGAACGCGGCCAUCGGCGGCGGUGUAGCAGGCGCCGUCGCUGGCGCUGGGCUGCUCGCUGGGCUGCUGGGCGGCCUCCUGGGGCAGACCACGACGACCUUGACGACCACCCUGCUGCUCGCAGGUAGUGGCGCCACCGUUGCCGAAAACAGGACCCUCGCCGACGUCCCAGCCGAGGGCGCACCCUCGGCUGGCCAGUGGGUGCCGUUUGCCGCCCUGCUGCUCCUCAGUUGCGCCGGCUUCCUGCUGCUGCUUGUGCACACGCGGUCCAGGGCGGUCUCGAGGUCGGUCGCGCUCGAGCGUGAGGGGGAGUCGCCGAGCAGGCGUGCGGAGGCCGGGGUCGCACCAGGGCCGCCGAGGCAGCAGGAGACCUACCUCAGGUGGCCCGAGUGGAGCCGGCGCUUGCCGCAGCACGGGGCGGCGGGUGUCCUCAUGUGGCCGGAGUGGAGCCGGCACUUGCCGCAGUACGAGGGCGUCGACGCCUCCGAUGCGCAGUCGUCCCCGCUGGCGCGCUGGCCCGAAAACAACGAGGCGCUCGGGCCAAGGACGUCCUUGAUGGCGCGCGCGCCUCCGGGGAGCCCCUCGCUGGCGCCGCUCCGCCGGGCGGCGGGCCAGACGGAGCCCGUGAGCAGACAGGUGGAGCCGGUCUCCCUGCCGGUGGAGCCCCUGCCCUAGCCGCGGGUGCCCGCGUGAGGGCUGCGGGCACUUCCGGCCAGGCCGGCCUCCCUCGCAGCCGGAGGGCCGAGUGAGGAUUCGGAGGAUGAGGAGGGGUGGGCGCAAAAAGCGCUCCCCGAUUGGUAGUUUCUCGCGCCGCGCCGCUCCCUUCGGAAGUUCCCUGGGGGCUGCCCAGAAACUCGGCGAGACCGAGCUCACCCCUCUGCCGGGCGGAGGCAAAGCCCUGCAACCGGCCAGGGCGGCCCGCUUCGCCGAACUUUGAAACGGAGGGCAACGCUAGGGGGCGAGGGCCGGGGCCUGCUGCCCACGUCGGGACAGCGCGGUGCCGCCCCGUCGCCACGAAGCUGGCGCGGCGGGGCCUUUUUUGAGGCGCCCGCCCUCUCAAGCAGGGCGGGCGCGUGGAGGGGGCGGGCAGACUGGCCGCCAGGUCGCGAGGAGGCUGAGCGGCUCGGCCUUGCCAUCCUCCUCCUUCCUCGUCCACCCUCCUCC